AUGGACGAGACAGACGAAUCAGGUCUCCGAUUCAGCAACGAAAAGUACCACGAUAUUGUCAUUUCAGCCGAGGAUGAGGAUUGUUUGAUUGAAGAUGCAUGGAAGGAUACCUUAGAAAUUAUGGAAGAUCCGGUGAUUUUGAUCGAGGAACAAGAAGUUGGAAGGGAUAACAGCGAUGAACAUGGAAAUUCAAAAUCUGUUGGAGUAGAUGAUAUUACAGAUGAAACAAUAUUUAGCUCUGAAUGGUAUGCUGCUUUGAAGGGAAAAAAUAUGAAGUUGCUUAGAUUUGAAGACGUGAAGGACAUAAGUUUUAGCAGUUUGGCUGAAGCGGACAAGUUUUAUGCCUAUUAUGCAUUUGUUGUUGGGUUUAGUAGGAGGUGUUUUAAGCAUGACAAGGCAGUAAUCAAUGACGUCGAAUGUGUGAGGAGGAGGGCAUGGUGUUGUUCAAAACAGGGUUAUGAAGAUAGUGCAGCCAAGAAAAAGCGAAAGAAAGUUUACGAGACGGACAAAUUGGUUACUGAAGAAGCCGCCAAUGAAAAAGAAGAAGAGUGUGAGGACGCAACCGCAUUGAAUAAGAAGAAGAAGAAGAAGAUGAAGACUGCUCUGAGGGGAAUUAAGUAUUCAAGAAUAGGUUGUGAGGCUGUUUUUCAGGUGAGAUUAAACAGGCGCACGAUGGAGUACGAAGUUGUGAGUUUUGUGCCAGACCACAAUCACGAAGUUGCCGAACCGUAUGAGAGACAGUUUCUACGAUCUUGCAGGGAGGUGACUAUGGAUGACGUCCGUGUUGUGCUAUCUCUUCAAAUGGCACAGGUGCCUACUAGUGUUGCGUAUGAAUUUAUGGCACUUCAAGCAGGGGGUCCUGAGUUUGUUGGAUUCAUGUUGAAAGAUUUGUACAACAAAUUAGAUGAAGUGAAAAAAAAUAAUGUGAAAAGGGGCGAUGCAGAGUCUGCCAUCGAUUGGCUCAGAAUGAAAGGACGUGAAGAAGGUCAUUUUUUUGGUAGAUUUACCCCCGAUUGGGAAGGGAGGCUUGCUAAUUUGUUUUGGAGGGAUAGUGAGUCCCUUCUUGACUACAAUGCCUUCGGUGAUGUUGUCAUAAUAGAUAGUACGUACAAGACCAACAUAUAUAGUUGUCUCGUCAUUUUAUUUAUAGGUUUGUACAACCAUAGAAGGACUGUGUUGUUUGCAUCUGCUAUUGUUACUGAUGAGAAGGAGGCAACAUUUAGUUGCGUCAUUGAGAAAUUCCUUCAGAGCAUGAAUAACAAACAUCCAAUUACUGUUCUAACGGAUGGGGAUGAAGUUAUGCGUACUGUGUUGAAAAAAUUGAUGCCUACGACAUGA